GUCUCGGCCCUCCUCUGCACGCCCCUCAGUGGAUGAAGCUGAUUGGAUUGAAGCUGGACACCCGACAAACCCCAAAGUGGACGUAUCCUCCAUUUUAUCCCCUUUUACUGGGAUAUUUAAACCUGUCUGUCCACAUGCACGUCAUUUUCGUCCUUCUGUCUUGACUAUAAACAAAAGCUGAGUUUUGUGAAACCCAGACAGCUGGAAACAUCUAGAUCUCCAUUCGGAGUUUGGUGUGUGUUGUUAAGUAACGUAGCCCUUACCUUCAUCAGUAGCGCGCGAGAGCAAGUUGGGUGUUGUUGGGACAAGUUCGGCACGAGAGCACACGCGAAAGGACAAUAUUUCACAUGCCGUGGCGUGACGCCUACGAUUAAUCAAUAUUUGAGUUUUAAUCCGAGCCCAAUAUAAUUAAUUUUUAGAUUUUUAGAGUAAACGGAAAACAUCAUGGUGACACUGGCAGUGAUCGUAGCGCCUCUCGGUCGCCAGAUCCACAGACAUCUGAAGCAUUUGAGAAGCCAGCGCUGGAUACCUGCUCGGGCAUGUAACUUGUCUGCAUGCUCCAGCAAAUUAGUUCUCAGUCAAGUGCAUCCGAUGUGGCAGGAGCCGCUCGCCAUUCCCGGUGGAGAUCGCCAGUCACCAAUUGACAUUGUGGUGCGUAAAAGCAUCUUUGAUCCGCAGCUCAGACCCCUGAAGGUGCAGUAUGACCCAAGGACCUGCCAGCAGAUCUGGAAUAAUGGCUACUCUUUUCUGGUCGAGUACGACGACACCACUGACAAAUCCACUCUGAAAGGAGGACCACUGGAGGAUCAGUUCAGACUAUGCCAGUUUCAUUUUCACUGGGGGGAGAACAACACCUGGGGCUCUGAACACUCCAUAGACCGCCGCCUUUACCCUGCUGAGCUCCAUCUUGUUCACUGGAACUCUGACAAGUACAGUUUGUUUGAGGAGGCUGUUAUUGAGGAUAAUGGACUAGCUGUUAUUGCAGUCUUUCUGAAGAUUGGAAAGAGACACGAGGGUCUGCAGAAACUGGUGGGUGCCUUGCCUGCAGUCAGGCACAAGGAUAGCGUGGUAGAGUUCACCAAGUUCGACCCUGCACAUCUCCUCCCGGAAAACAUUGAUGACUAUUGGACAUACGCAGGUUCUCUGACCACUCCUCCUCUUACUGAGGCGGUGACAUGGAUUGUGAUGAAACAGCACAUUGAAGUCAGUCAUGAUCAGUUGGCAGUGUUUCGAAGCUUGCUGUUCACAUCGGCAGAGGAGCAGUUGCAGAGAAGUAUGGUCAACAACUUCCGCGUUCAGCAGGUUUUGAAGGGACGGACUGUCCGCUCUUCUUUUACCCCCUUCCUCCAAGAUGCUCCCCCAAUGAUGUAGCAACAAAACUCAGUGACCUAAUUCACAUCCUAACCUCCAAAACAAGCACAGACUCAUCAGUCACUUUUUAUUACGGAGAGCUGAUGAAGGUCUUAACUGGAUUUUGUCAAAUGUUUUCACCAUUUCCAACCAGGCAUUUUGGUAUAGAUUGGAGAGAUUCUAUUGAAAGGGAUUAACAAAGAUAUAGUUUAGUUAUUGAAGGGCCUGUUUACCCUCUGACAAAAGAUUCAUUCAUUGUCAUUUCGGUGUUUGUACAAGUAUUGAAAAUAAUGCUAGAAUUCAGGUAAUUCUAAUUUCCUUAUGAAACGCAUUUCCUCUCAAUAUAGUGGCAAAGGGUGUCCACGUUUGUGGACAAACAGCUCCCUCUUGUGGAUAACUGACAGAAUGUAAAUGGGGGGGGGGUUCAGUAGUUUUAGUUUAGUGGUACACUUACCUUGUUUGCUGCGAGGGAAUUUACUGUAUGCAUGAAACUGCACAAUGCCUUUCAUUUUUUAUUGGAUUUUAGAUGUUAAAUAAUUUUACGUAAUUUCAGUAGAGAGAAAAUUUGAAAUAUUUUAAGACUACAUUUGAGUAUUGCAGUAUAAAUAAGACUAGAAAUAUAGUCUUUUUGAAAGGUGCACUAGACAUUUAGAGGUGUGAAAGGAAGAGUAAUGCGCACAACUGUUUAGUGAAGAUGCAUUACUGUACUUGCUGUGUACAUCAGAUUUGUAUAGAAUAGGUUAUCAUCCCUAGUGCCUUUUUCCAUUGUAAUCGGUUAUCUGAUCAACUGCACAAGUGGUUGGCCAUAAUUGCCUUCUGGCAAAACAUGUGCCUCCAGUACAAAUCUCUUACAGUCUUUGUUGUUCUCUCAUCCUUUAAGCUCAUGGUUGUAAUUGUUCAUCUGUGGAUAUUUAAAGUGUAUUUAGUGUUAGUGAUU